CAGCUCUGUUACCCUAUGCCCAAUCCCGACGUCUACGACGGAUCUGACAACGACAAACUGCGCGAUGCCUACAGCCUUCUGGAGGCAGCUACGAAGUACGAAGCCGUACGAGCGGUAGAAUUCGCCAAGCAGGUGAUCACCACAGUCGCCUUGGUGGUGUGCCCCCUGCGGCUCUACUUCAUCGCGUCGCAGUACAACUGGGGAGACCUUAUGAAGCAGGCUGCUUGUCGCGCCGUUUACGAGAUGUCCUCCGCCGCGUAUCGUAGACUGCUCGUCUACCGCCAGAAGUGUCGCGACCUCAUCCUUGCUCAUUAUACCAAGAGCACCCCGGGUGCCCCGCCUGGGACAGUCGACGUCGCAGCUCCGACUAGAGCCAUGUACUGGAGCAAGAAGGGCUGGCUGAGCGAGCCAAACCAUUAUGAUCUCUGGAUGGCUAUGCACAUUCAAAUGAACGAGAACGUUUCCACUGGACGGAGCAAGCCUCGCCAGGCUGAUGCGAUUGUGCCUGCUCUCCUCGAGCUGGCAGCAUAGCGACUGUGGACGAGGUCAUAGAGACGGCGGCGGCACUUGCACAGGUAGUAUUCUAAAAGGGAGGUGACUGAAGUACUCCACUCACGGUAUACGCUGAUCAGACGUCGAUACAUGGAUGUAUUACCUCGAAGAAACCACGAAUGUGCACUUGACACUAUGAUACAUAUGGUA